CUUGUCCGGCCACCCCCACUGCCCAGUCCCGCUCCCGGCCGCGGCGGCCGCAGCAGCCGCAGCAGCAGCGGCUCCAGGAUGGUCAGCGCCGCUGCCCCCCAACCCCGGCCUGUUGCCCGCGGCCCGCGCCCCCGCCCCGGUCCCUGGGCCGGACGCCCUCCCAGGCCGCGCACACUCACCUAGGACCCGGCCGGGAUGCCGAGCUCUGUCGAAGAUGCACUGGACACCGGAACACGCCCAGCCCCUCAACCAGUGGCCAGAGCAGCACUUGGACGUCUCCUCUACCACCCCGUCGCCGGCGCACAAGCUGGAGUUGCCCCCUGGGGGUCGCCAGCGCUGUCACUACGCUUGGGCACACGACGACAUCUCCGCCCUUACAGCCUCCAACCUACUCAAGCGCUACGCAGAGAAGUACUCGGGGGUCCUGGACUCGCCCUACGAGCGCCCCGCCCUAGGCGGCUACGGCGACGCCACCUUCCUCAACGGCGCCAAGGGGGACCCCGAGCCCUGGCCAGGGCCAGAGCCACCUUAUCCCUUGGCCUCACUUCACGAGGGCCUCGCGGGAACCAAGUCGGGCACUGGGGGCGGUUCCGGGGGUCUCGGGGGCUCCCCGGGUUUAGCCGGGAACCUGCCUGAACCCCUCUACGCCGGCAAUGCGUGCGGGGGCCCGUCGGCGGCGCCAGAGUACGCAGCGGGCUACGGAGGAGGGUAUCUGGCGCAGGGUUAUUGCGCACAGCCCGGCGCCGCGCUGCCCCCGCCGCCCCCCGCUGCGCUGCUGCAGCCCCCGCCACCGCCGCCGCCGCCUGGGUACGGCCCCUCGGGGCCUCUGUACAACUACCCUGCGGGGAGCUACGCUUCACAGCCGGGCUACGGCACCCUCCCACCGCCCCCAGGCCCCGGCCCAGCCCCCUACCUGACCUCGGGCCUGCCAGCGCCUACGCACCUGGCCCUGCCCACGCCCGCCCCGCCGCGGCCAGCGCCCACCUCCUACAGCUUCCAGACUGCCGCUCCGGGCGCGGAGGCCGGGGCGUCGCUGAAGCGCAAAGCCACCGACGAGGGCGCAGAGGCCCGCUACCGCAAGUACGUUUACGAGCCCGCCAAGGCCGCGGCCGACGGCGCCUCCUAUCCCGCCGGGGACAACGGCGAGUGUCCGGGCAACGGGUUUCGGGCCAAGCCGCUGGGAGCCGCGGAGGAGGCAUCGGGCAAGUACGGCAGUGGCGUCCCCCUCAAGGGUUUGGGCUCCCCAGUCUACGGCCCACAACUCGAGCCCUUUGAAAAGUUUCCGGAGCGGGGCCCCGUGCCAGCUUCCCGUGGGGGCUUCUCGGUGCCGUCAAGGGAGCCACCCAAAGGUGUGGACCCGGGGCCCCUGGAGCUGGUGACUAGCAAGAUGGUGGACUGCGGGCCUCCGGUGCAGUGGGCAGAUGUGGCAGGCCAACGCGCGCUCAAGGCGGCGCUGGAAGAGAAGCUGGUGUGGCCCCUGCUAAGGCCGCCCGCCUACCCCGGCAGCCCGCGACCGCCGCGGACCGUCCUGCUCUUUGGACCGCGCGGCACGGGCAAGGCGCUGCUGGGCCGCUGCCUGGCCACGCAGCUGGGCGCCACGCUGCUGCGCCUGCGCGGAGCGACCCUAGCUGCGCCCGGCGCCGCCGAGGGCGCGCGCCUACUUCAGGCCGCCUUCGCGGCUGCGCGCUGCCGCCCGCCCGCGGUGCUUCUAGUCAGUGAGCUGGACGUGCUGCUCCCGGCCCGGGACGAUGGCGCGGCUGCCGGCGGCGCGUUGCAUCUGCAGCUCCUGACCUGCUUGGACGGCAGCUGCGGCGCAGGGGCUGAAGGCGUGCUGGUCGUGGGCACCACAUCGCGGCCCGCGGCUCUGGACGAGGCGACCCGCCGGCGCUUCGCUCUUCGCUUCUAUGUGGCGCUUCCCGACAGCCCGGCCCGCGGGCAGAUCCUGCAGCGGGCGCUGGCCAAGCAAGGCUGCGUGUUCAGCGAGCCGGAGCUCGCGGCCCUGGUGCAGGCCACCCAGGGUUUCUCUGGGGGCGAACUGGGGCAGCUAUGCCAGCAGGCAGCGGCCGGGGCGGGCCUCCCGGGGCUGCAGCGACCCCUCUCUUACAAGGACUUAGAGGCGGCGGUAGCCAAGGUGGGCCCCAGGGCCUCCCCCAAGGAGCUGGACUCGUUCGUGGAAUGGGACAAAAUGUACGGCUCUGGACACUGAUGGCGCGCUGGGGAGGCUGCGGGAGCUCCUCCCUUCCUGCCUCUUCCGCUUGAGAGGGAUGUCAUCGACCAAACCCGGGUGGGAGGUGCCGGAGUGGUGAAUGUGGGGUGGGGGACGGGAGGGCUCUGUCCGUGGAUGUUUUUUCGUGGGAGGGGAAAGGCUUCUGCCAGGCAGAUACAUGCCAUUUGCGCCGUGUACUCAGGUUUUUCCUAUUUAUUGUGGACGAGAAGCUCGCCAUCUCCGCCCGGCAGACGGAGCAGUCCUGGCAUGGGCUGGCACCGGAGCCUCAGGAACUCCUGCUCUCUUGCCACAAUUCUUUUGUCUCCUCGAUGUGAAUGGCAGCCUUCUCCUUCCCUCUCUUCCCACCGUUUUCUCCGUAUUAGCUUGCUUUUCUCUGCCUGUCACUGCCACCCCCAUCCCGUUUAUCUUUUGCCUCGUCCUCCUUGCCCAUUUCUCCAUG